AGCCAAAGAUUCCGUUCAAAAAGAAGCUGCAGGAUGUCGAGGUGAAGGAAAAGGAAACAGCAACUCUGCAGUGUGAGGUGCCAGUGCCGAACACAAAGGCCAGCUGGUUUAUGGAGGAGACCCGUCUGGAGGAAAAUGUCAAGUACCGCAUGGAUGUGGAAGGGACCCUGCGCCGCCUCACUAUUCACAAUGUCACCACCAAUGAUGAUGCCGUGUACAUCUGUGAGAUGAAGGAAGGCAGCCGCACUGUGGCCGAACUUACAGUGCUGGGCAACAUCACUAAAAAGCUGCCGAGGAGGACAGUGGUGCCUGUUAGCGAUACCGUGAUCUUCUGUGUGGAACUGGAGAAACCAGUAGAUGAU